UUUGCUGUCAAUUUGCUGUGUUUCGUGUCCGUAAACCUUGUGGGCUACCAGCUUGGUCGACUGAAAGAGCUGGCCCAGUGGCGAUGUCUCUUCGUUGUCCUCUCCAGUUCGGCACGCAGUCGUCAUCUCCAAUUAGUGCGGAACAAGUUGAGCAUUGUCUCGCGUUCGCUUGUACCGGCUCCCCUGGCUGCCGAUCUGGAACAGGAUUUUACCAGUGGUGUCUGCUCAUGGACCUCGCCCCUGGUCAUCUAUCUCCGUAACGUCAGCGUCAGCAACGAUGCAUUAGCUAAAAAGGCAAGGGAGACUGAAAUGGCCAUGUCUGGCUUAUUAGUCGUCAUUAGCCAGCAGUACCCAACCCUAGAAGUAGCGAUCCUCGAGGUUUGA